AGUGAGCGGGGGGCCGCCCGCUCUUCUUAAAUCCUAUUGGGUAGGACCUACGCCUCUCACCGCAGGGCAGGACCAGAGAAGGGGGGAGGUGGGGACGCGAGAAGAUGACGUCACGGUAGCAGGGAGGGACCUUCGGUUGCUUUGGGCUCUCCGUCCGCUGAGGGUGCUGACUGAAGACCGUUCCGUGGGCGACGCCGUCGGCUAUGACCAUUUGUCAGUUCUUCCUUCAAGGCCGGUGCCGCUUUGGAGACCGGUGCUGGAACGAACAUCCCGGCGCCGGGGGUGCGGGCGGAGGACGGCAGCAGCAGCCCUCAGGUGACGUGCCCCUCCAUCCUCCGCCGCCGGUGGAGCGGGGGAAGGCCUGGAGCCAGGGCCGUGGGGCUGAGAACGGGCGUCCGUCGUGGGGCCCGUCGCUCGGCGGCGUAGCGCGGCGGCGCACCAGUCAGGUGACGAUGACGUGCUGGCGUCGUCCCCUUUUCGGUCCCGCCCACAGGCCCGGCCCAGGUUCUCUCCGGUGCUCCUCUGCGCUGUGUGGGGAUUCGGCUGGUUGUAGUUGAGGGGAUGAAGACCGGGACUCGGCCUUUGGUACGAAUGCGAAACCAUGAGUUUUUAGGUCGGAAGUAAUAACAGACGUGGAUGGAAUACCACCAGCCAAAGAUACUCCAGCGUUAUCCAGCCAUCCAGCUUCUCCAAAUCAACACCAUGGGGGGGCAGCAGAGAUCAAGAAAAGCCAUCUUUUAGUUCCUUCAAUUCUGGAGCUUCAACUAGCAGGAACAGAGGGUUUGGAGUGUCCCAGAACCCAUUUGCUUCACCCAGCCCUGAUGGGCAGAAAGAUGAAAAGAAACUUCUGGAAGGAAUUAUAAAAGAUAUGGAAAUUUGGGAAUCAUCAGGGCAGUGGAUGUUUUCUGUUUAUUCACCAAUGAAAAAGAAACCUAAUAUUUCAGGUUUUACAGACAUUUCACCAGAGGAGUUGAGGCUUGAAUACCAUAACUUCUUAACCAGCAAUAACUUACAGAGUUAUCUAAAUUCCCUCCAACAGUUAAUAAAUCAAUGGAGAAAUAGAAUAAAUGAACUGAAGAGCCUAAAUACAUCAACUAACAUAGCCUUGCUCUCAGAUGUAAAGGAUGGAAUAAAUCAACCAGCACCUGCAUUUGGAUUUGGCAGUACAAAUGCAGUAACAUUUGGAUCACCAGGUUUUCCAGUGAAUAACAGCAGCAGUGCUAAUGCUCAGAAUUUUAGUUUUAAACCAAGCUCUGCCCCUUCUGGAAGUCCUCCUAUGUUCGGGAAUACUCCAGCAUUUGGAGCUGCACCCUCUGCCAGUUCUGCCAUCACUACUUCUGUUCCAGCAUUUGGAUUUGGGAAACCUGCAAUCACAUCUGCUGCUUCAUUUUCUUUUAAAAGUACUGCAGCCACUGGUUUUGGAUCACCUGGAUUUUCAGGAUUUCCAACUUCCAUGGCAGCAGGCUCUUUUGGAGCUCCAGGGGCCCCAGCCUUUGGAAGUGGUACUUCUGUGGCUGGUUUUGGUAGUCUAGGUUCACAUUCCCACACUGCUUUUUCCAAGUCAUCUAGCAACACCUUUGGAAACAGUAGCAUAUCUACCUCUCUCCCAGUCUCAAAUGGCAGCACCACAACAGAUAACAAAUUAUUCACACCCAAGGAUCAACUCACAGCAGAAGAACUGGAGCAAUUUCAAUCCAAGAAAUUUACUCUAGGAAAAAUUCCCUUAAAGCCACCACCUACAGAACUUCUAAAUAUUUGAAAGGACAAUUUUAAAUACAGAAAAGAACAGCUCUUAAAA